CGGCUGCACACCGGAGCUGUGUUCGGUGCGGUGCUGCUCGCUCCAGACGCGGCGGGUCAGCCGUGUGUUGCUCGGUGCGCGUUCACCUGUGAUCGGCGUAUUGAUCCGCUGCUGCAUGAUCAAGUGUCGUGUUGACGCGCAGCCGCUUUCCGCGUUGUUCCGUGUGCGCGCCGCUCCGCGUUAACAGGUCCGCCGCCGCCACCGUGCACGGAGCGUCCUCUGAGCCGCCGGUCACCGGACGGACCGUUCCCGCACAGUGUUUUCCUCAGCGGGACUGCUGCUCGGAUCAGCCCGGUCUGGAGGCUCGGCAGGCGGCCGCAUGUGGACCGUGACCGUCGGUGAACCGUGAGUUCCGCCGGGAUGCUCGGACAGAGUCCGCACCUGAUCGGGGGCAUCCUGUGGAUCCAGAAUCCGAUGAGAGCUGUUCACUGCAACCUGAGCCAGAAUGGCAUCGACCACCAGAUGUGCCCCGAAGACGUGACAUCACAGCUGGAGGAGGACGAGGAGUCGGUGGAGGCCGGGGCGGUGCUGCUGGAUGACGACAGUCCGGGAUUCCAGGACGUCAGCCCCCCGAUGUACCAACGCCGCUCGCCACCGCACCGGUCCGUCUCCGAGUCCGAGCUGACCCGGCCUGGAUAUGUGAAGCUGUCCAAGCCGGUGGCCCUGUGGACCCAGCAAGACGUCUGCAAAUGGCUGAAGAAGCACUGCCCCAACCAGCACCAGAUCUACAGCGACUCCUUCAAACAGCACGACAUCACAGGUCGGGCCCUGAUGAGGCUGACGGACAGGAAGCUGGAGAGGAUGGGCAUCAUGCAGGAGGGCCAGAGGCAGCACAUCCUGCAGCAGGUCCUGCAGCUCCGUGUCCGGGAAGAAGUCCGAACCCUGCAGCUGCUCACGCAAGCCUCUCUGGAGUGCACCCCGUCUUCACCGUAGCCGGACACCAUCCAGCCGUCCUCCUUCCUCCAAAGACCGAUCUGGAAAAACAAAAAACAAAAAACAAAAAAAGAAACACAGAAAAUGAAAACCCCGCCGUACGUCUUCCCAGCCACUCCUGAAAAUCUCCCACGAGUUGUGACUCGCUGUUUCCUCGCAGUCCAAACAAUUCCUCACAGCUUCCUGGAAUCUGACCAACAGUUUCCAUCUCCAGUCAUUCCUGACCUUUGCAGCAGAAACUCCUACGUUCCUCACAGAUCGUCAGCAAAACCCUCCAGGCUGCAGGAUCACACGCAGGACUGAACGCUGGUUUGGAAGGAUUCCUGUGAUUUCCUGUUGAGGAUCUCGUCCCGUAACCUCCAGUAUAACUUACGUCUCAUUGUGUCACUGUUUGUGGCAUGUUAGCUCCUCAUCGUAGCACUUCAGUGUGACUUUCCUCCACUUCUGCUGGUUCUGGACUUGCAGUGAAAGACAAACCCUCCUCCUGAACCACGACCACCGGUGUGUUUUUGUGCUUUUUCUCUCCUGGCUUUCUGCCCUCUUCAUCGGGUUCCUGAGGGUCGACUGUGAGCCUGAGAGGACGGUUAAUAAACGGUUAACUUUUAGGAGAUGAACCUGUCGAACCACGAGCAGGAGACUCCCCUCGGCGUUUCCUAAAAGCUCUGUGCUUGUAGAUGAACUAAUCUGGCGACCCAGAGGGAGAAAAGAGACGAAGGCAAAGCAAAAAGGGCUCCGAGAGACACUCUGACUGGAGAUUGUUUUCUCUAAUGAGGGCAGAAGAAGCAGAAGACAUCAGAGUUAACAAAACAAGAGCCUUUUUCAUUUCCUCCCCGACUCUUUAUUGCUUCACCUGCUCUCCAGACUGUUUUUAGAUGAGACAUGUUGAAAAUAGCGUAGAAAGGAGAGCGAAUAGAAGCUGUUGAUGUGAAUAACGGCCACUCACUGUAGAUGUUGUUGUUUUUCUGCACUUAAAGCACACGUGUCUCAUUGUCAUGUGUCCGUGAGUGUAAAUACAUGAUACCGACCUGUAGCCACGAUUACGACCUCUCGGUGAUGUGUAGCAUCGCUGCCCGUAGCAUGAGCUGUUGUCACGGUAACAGCAUCUCCUCUCCUGGAUGCUGAGCUGUCAGUCAGGCCCCCCAAGAGCCGUCGCCUUUUAAUGGGAUUCCAUUUGUACGAGUCCCUCAGCUGUCCGGCUCAUUGUUUGGAAAGCAGCCGCUGCCGCCGCAGAGACCCGGGAGCAGAUUGAAUCGUAUCGAUCACUUCUUCGGGACGUACAGUCGCUCCGCCAGGGUUUACACAAGCCUCUCGGAGUGUGUGUUGGUUGUUGGUGUGUGUGUGUGCUCGGCGGUCACGCAGGAAUAGAGCUGUUCAGGCUAAAACACAAGUGGUCAUUUCACGGUCGGCCGGAGCUGCCGUGUCCACGUCCGUCAGGCGGCCGAGGCUUCCAGACAUGUGGACUGUUCUCCCGCUCUCACAUGGAAAACAUGCUUUAAAACUGGGAGAAACUGUUUUCCAGAUGAGUUUAAUUUAUGCAAAAGAUGCUGAGCUGGAGCUCCAGCGUCGGAUUACUCCCCCAAAAAUUCAAUUUAACCUCAAAGUAAAGUUUGACAUUUGGAGAAAUUUGCUUAUUUGCUUCCCUGCCGACAGAUUUAAGCAGAUUGAAGUGUCUGCACCAAUUUUAACUCUAAUGAAUUUAAACAAAUAAAGCUUCGGUCAGCAGCUGGUUAGCUUCUCCUGAAGUACAACAGACUCCAUCUAACAGCACUUCUGAAGCUCAAAAACUGACCCGUAAAUGAGAUUUAACAUGUUCACCACUGAGCUUUAAAGGUGCUCGAAGGUGGAUUUUGUUCCUUUACAUGCAGAAGAACAUGUAGGAAGGAUAUCUCUCAACAGAUAUGAUGAGAAGCAAGAAAAUUUGCCCUUCAGACAAAGUUAAUUUUCAUGCAUUUGCUAAAUCUACUUGGUAAAGAGCAUUAAACUAACUUCCUGUUGGACAAUAUUUCCCAAACAGUGGCUUCGAUCAGCAUAAAAACUGGAAAUAAGUGAAAAAUUUAGGUGUUUGCAUCAAAUCUACUCUAAAUAUCUGAUAAAAGAUGAAGCUUCUGUCAGCAGCCAGUUAGCUUAGCUUAGCAUCCAACAAAACCCGUCUACUAGCAUUUCUGCAGCUCUGUUUCUGUGUAAAAGUGCUAAAAUGACAAACAAAAUCCUUACGAUAGCACUCAGAAGUGCAAAAAAUGAUCUACAAAUUAAAUAUAACAUAUUGACUGAUGGAUGUUUAGGUCUAAAUUAUCGCCAUUUGUGUCUUUUAUUCUAAUAUCUUUAAAAUCCACCUGCCAGCAUGUCUAAAGCUGUGGAUUCUGUACAAAAGUGCAAAAGUAGAACUUUAACCCUCAUGUUGUCCUGCGGGUCAAAAUCGACCCGUUUUAAAGUUUGAAAAUGUGGAAAAAUAUAUAUAUUUUCACAGUGAAACUUCUGAUGUCCACAUUUGCAACAUUUUGGGGAAAACUUUAAACAUUUUUGGUGGAAAAAAAGAAAUGUUAAGAAUGUUUCUUUAAGAACAUUCACAUAAAAAUCAACCAAA